CAACCAGCGCUCCCAGACAAACCUCGGGAUGGGAAUUCCUUUUUUUUCCCCCCCCUCCAGGAGCCGUGUCCCAAAAAAGCCACCUUGGCCAAAGUGGUGCCGACCCCCAACAACGGCUCCGUGGAGCUGGUGCCGCUGCACCGGGAUCAGGGCGAGGACGGGGAGGAGGCUCUUUCCUUCGAAUUCCAGAAGAUCAAGUAUUCCUACGAAACCAACGGGAAGAGGCAAUUCCUGCCCGUGGCCUUCCCGGUGGAAUAUCCUCUGAGCUACUACCAGAAUUCCAGAGGCUACCAGGAGGACAAGGAAAUCCGGGCAGCAGAGAAGAAAUACGGCACCAAUAAGGCUGAGAUGGUGGUGCCAGAAUUCUUGGAAUUGUUCAAGGAAAGAGCCACAGCUCCCUUCUUCGUCUUCCAGGUGUUCUGCGUGGGGCUGUGGUGCCUGGACGAGUACUGGUACUACAGUGUCUUCACCCUGUCCAUGCUCGUGGCCUUCGAGGCCUCGCUGGUGCAGCAGCAGCUGCGGAACAUGUCGGAGAUCCGCAAGAUGGGCAACAAGCCCUACAUGAUCCAGGUGUACAGGAACCGCAAGUGGCGCCCGAUCUCCAGCGACGAGAUCAUCCCGGGGGACAUCCUGUCCAUCGGCCGUUCCCCCCAGGACAAUCUGGUGCCCUGUGAUGUUCUGCUGCUGCGGGGCCGCUGCAUCGUGGACGAGGCAAUGCUGACCGGGGAGUCCGUGCCCCAGAUGAAGGUGGGGAUGGGGAUGGGGACAGGCUGGGGGGAUUCACUCCGGGUUUCCUGCCCCCUUCCCACAGCCGUGGAUAACGGAUGCGUCGCCUACGCCCUGAGGACGGGAUUCAACACCUCCCAGGGAAAGCUGCUCCGGACGAUCCUGUUUGGAGUGAAGAGGGUGACGGCCAAUAACCUGGAGACCUUCAUCUUCAUCCUCUUCCUCCUCGUCUUCGCCAUCGCCGCCGCCGCCUACGUCUGGAUCGAGGGCACAAAGGAUCCGCGGCGGAACCACUACCGGCUGUUCCUGGAGUGUGCCCUGAUCCUGACGUCCGUGGUGCCCCCGGAGCUGCCCAUCGAGCUCUCCCUGGCCGUGAACACCUCCCUCAUCGCCCUGGCCAAGCUCUACGUUUACUGCACGGAGCCUUUCCGGAUCCCCUUUGCUGGGAAAGUCCAAGUUUGUUGCUUCGACAAAACCGGGACCUUGACCAGCGACCACCUGGUGGUGCGGGGGGUGGCCGGGCUCAGGGAUGGGAAGGAGGUGACUCCCGUGUCCGACAUUCCCGUGGAGACCCACCGGGCCAUCGCCACCUGCCACUCCCUGGUGCAGCUGGAGGACGGGACACUGGUGGGAGACCCUCUGGAAAAGGCCAUGCUCCUGGCCGUGGACUGGACCCUGACCAAAGAUGAGAAAGUUUUCCCAAGGAGUCUAAAAACUCCGGGGAUGAAAAUUCACCAGCGCUUUCAUUUCUCCAGUGCCCUGAAGCGGAUGUCGGUCCUGGCCUCCUACGAGCGCGGCCCCGGCGCCCAACUCGCCUUCGUCGCCGCCGUCAAGGGCGCGCCCGAGACCCUGCGGCCCAUGUUAUCCCAAUGUCCCAGCAACUACCACUCCGUGCACCGGGAGAUCUCCCACGAGGGUGCUCGGGUCCUGGCCCUGGGCUACAAGGAGCUGGGACACCUCACCCACCAGCAGGUGCGGGAGAUGAAGAGGGAGACCUUGGAAUGUGACCUAAGGUUUGUGGGAUUCAUCGUGGUCUCGUGUCCCCUCAAAGCCGACUCCAAAUCCGUCAUCAGGGAGAUCCAGAACGCUUCCCACCACGUGGUGAUGAUCACGGGGGACAACCCCCUGACUGCCUGCCACGUGGCCAGGGAGCUGCACUUCCUGCAGAAGGAAAAGACCCUCAUCCUGCAGCCUCCAGCUUCCAAAGGUGCCUGGAACGGGAUUUGGGAUGGGCUGGGGGGAACGGGCCGAAAUGACUCCAAAACAGGGAGCCUGGGUGUGAGGCUCCGGAUGUCCCGCGUGAUCCUAAAGAUUCCUGAGCCCCUUUCCAGCUCUGAAUUCCCAAAAUCCAGAGCUUUUGGAGAAUUCGUGAUCACCACCCUGAAGAGCCUCGGCUUCUCCACCCUCAUGUGUGGGGAUGGCACCAACGACGUGGGGGCCCUGAAACACGCGGAUGUGGGAGUGGCCCUGCUGGCAAACGCUCCCGAGAGGAUUCCCGAGCGGAAGAAGCGGCCCCGGGACGGCACCGGGGAUGGGAGAGCCGGAAUUCCGGCGGCAGGAGUUGGGAAUGUGAGGCCCACGUCCCGGGGAGCCAAGCACAGGGUCCUGUCCCAGCGGGAGGAGCAGCUGGCCAUCCACAGGGAGCGGCUCAGCCAAGUGCUGAAGGACCUGGAGGAGGAACGAGCUCCGGUGGUGAAACUGGGAGACGCCAGCAUUGCCGCCCCCUUCACCUCCAAACUCUCCUCCAUCCAGUGCAUCUGCCACGUGAUCAAGCAGGGCCGCUGCACGCUGGUGACGACGCUGCAGAUGUUCAAGAUCCUGGCGCUGAACGCCCUGAUCCUGGCCUACAGCCAGAGCGUCCUCUACCUCGAGGGCGUCAAGUUCAGCGACUUCCAGGCCACGCUCCAGGGGCUGCUCCUGGCCGGCUGCUUCCUCUUCAUCUCCCGCUCCAAGCCUUUGAAGACCCUUUCCAAGGAGAGGCCCCUUCCCAACAUCUUCAACCUGUACACGGUGCUGACGGUGCUGCUGCAGUUCCUGGUGCACUUCCUGAGCCUCGUCUUCCUGUACCGGGGGGCCCAGGCCCGGAGCGGGCCCAGGGAGGAGGAAUUCGUGGAUCUGAGCAAGGAAUUCGAGCCGAGCCUGGUGAACAGCACCGUGUACAUCCUGUCCAUGGCCAUGCAGAUGGUCACCUUCGCCAUCAACUACAAGGGCCAUCCCUUCAUGGAGAGUCUCCAGGAGAACAAGCCCCUGCUCUGGAGCAUCGUCCUGUCGGGAAUGGCCAUCGUGGGGCUCCUCUCGGGCUCCUCCCCGGAAUUCAACGAGCAGUUCGGGCUCGUGGAGAUCCCCACCGAGUUCAAGCUCGUGAUCUCCCAGGUCCUCCUGGCCGACUUCCUGCUCGCCUUGUCCGUGGAUCGGAUCCUGCAGUUCCUGCUGGGGAGCUCCAAGCUCCAAGUGCCUUCCUGAGGGGAAUUCCCGACUCCAGAGCCGUGUCCUGCCAUCCCAACCCCGCCCCCGGCGUUCCCGGCACGGAUUUUCCGCCCCCAAAUCCACCUCUGGGAAAGGAAACGGCCGCAGUUCUGAGGUGGUUUUUUCUUUUUUCCAGGAUGUGCCGGGAAAUUUCUUUGGGGGGGGUGUGGGUGUGGGGGAAGUUUUCAAGGAAAAUCCUCGAAUUUUCAUGGAAAAGCCACAAAUUUUCAAGGAAAUACCUUAAAUUUUCAUGGAAAAAUGCUCAAAUUUUCAAGGAGACCCCUCAAAUUUAAAGGAAAACCCUCAAAUCUCGAGGAAACAUUUGGGGAAUUUGGGAACUAAAAACUCAAAUUGAGGUGUUUUGAAAAGUGUUUGGGGCUGGAAAAUUCCAUGGAAAACCUGGGAAUAAAUGAGCCCUGAAGCGA